AUGGUGGACAAAGGAGAAGUAGUGCUGCUAACUAGUCUUUCCAACGGGACAACGGCUAGAGCGUCAUCUGUACUGCAGAAAAAUCACAAGCUUUAUGGACCAAAGAAAGCAUUUGACUACGAAAAUGAUACCAAUUGUUGGAAUUCAGAAGGUAGUUCAUCGGGGAAGCAAGAUUGUUAUUUCAUUGUUGAAUUUGAACGGCUAGUGAUUCCGACUGAGGUUCGAAUUCAAUUUCAAGCUGGAUUCUCUUCGGAGGAAGUAUACGUAUCCCGGCUUGGGGCGAAUGCAAAUUCAUAUGAACCAGUUGAUGAAUUGGAGGCUGAAGACGAACACGAGAUGCAGGUAUUCCCACUGCCAGUCACCGAUGAAGCAAAAGAAGGAUCUUCCGCUCUCAAGCUCGAAUUCAAGGAGUUUACAGAUUUUUACGGAAGAGUAACGAUAUAUCAACUGCAAGUGUGGGGGCAUGAGAUCUCCACCAAGUGA